CAUGCGAUAUCUACCCUUUUAAAAGUAUCGAAACUAUCGAUAUUGAAUUCUUUUUCUUACCACCUCUAGAAAAAAACUUGAAAACAAAACUUUUGAUAAUGGCUAGAAGAGUCCAGGAUAUACCCAUAAGACCCAGGUAUGGUUUACCAGAUGAUGCUGAUGGAGGUGAAUUGACAUCGGAAACUGGAAAAACUCGUAAAACAUCUACAUCCAAUUCGGACAUGUCUUCGUAUAAGGAAAUUCCAUUCUUAGCCCAGUAUGCAGGACCAGUACCAGAUAGUGUAUUAAAUGAUUUGACACCAACCGCCACAAAUCCAGCACGGGAUGAUGAAAGCGUGGAAGAUGAGGAUGACGAUGAAGAAAACUCUAAAAGUAGUUCAUACGAUAACAGCAACAAAACACCUAAACGACCACAAAGCCUUUUAAGUGAUGCAAUACCUUACGAAUUAGAAGGAACAGAAAACUCAGAAGGACAGAUGCGACAUUUUGUUGCCGAGAAUCUGGAAGAAAAGUUGCGUUUAGCAAGUCCACAGGCUGGGGAAGAAUCACAUCAUAGUACACCGUGUGCAUCUAUUGCUGGUAAUGUCGGGGUUGGUGGUAUGACAAAACAGUUUUUUCAAACACCUAUUAUACCUCAAAUCGAUGCCAAUGUUCUCAAUGAUAUCGAAAUUGAGGCCCAGUAUUUAGCAGCCUCAGUAGAUAACUUAACGGAAAAUUUGUGUAAUUUGCUGCAUUCAAUAUCAUCCAUUACGGCAGAUAAUGUGGAAGUACAUAAAAACGCAGUAAAUAAGCUAACGGAUAGUAUGGACGCUAACAUCAAGUGUAUGUACACAAUUAUGGCAAAGACAGAAGAAAUUUCAAAAUCUAUGCAGCCUACUGAGCAACUUGGCGGACGCAUCCGCGAAAUAAAGCGUCUUGUCGAUAUGUUGGAUAACACCGUAUAGAAGGAAACAAAAGACGAAAUCUUAGAUGAUGACAUCUUUGUAGCUCCAUUAUGCCCUCUAAUUUAGUCGUACAUUUUAAUAUUUAAGCAGAGUAAUUUUUAAGUUAUAUCUAUGUAUAAUUGGUUUACUAGUCAUAUAUUCAAAUGUAUUAGAAUAGUUAUGUGUAUAUUUUUUUAAGUUACAAAAAAUUAAUAAUUAUAAUAAAAAUUCACGUUCACUACUGCA